AUGCAACGUCAAUCAUGCAGAUGCAGUCAAUUGGAACAAUUGCAACCAUGGAUUGGUGAAUUAUGUGUUUGUAUCCCGAAAUCAUCCACAUUUUCCAUGUCAUGUUCAUGUCCACAAGUGCAACAGCAAUUACAGCAAUCAAAUUAUUGCGAAUGCAAUUUGCACGAAAUGAUUGGGCAACAAUGUCGAACAGGUUGCCAACAGUCUUGCAAAGCGCAAUGCAAUCCGUACAUGUCACAAAUGUAUUGUGAGAAUGCAUGUCUUGAAGCAUGCAUACAAUCAUGCAACUUGCAACAGCAACAACAGCAGCAGCAACAGCAACCUAUCAAUUUGCCGUAUUGGAAUCCAAAUCUAUACUCGUUACAGCAUUCCUAUCCUUAUUUCUAUCAACAAUUACUACUAAUUACAGAACAAUGUCUCAUUUGUUUAAUUGGUUGUAAGCAAGUUUGUGGUACUCAACAGCCUUUUUUGGAUGGUGAUCAAUUGCAAUGUGUAUGCAUGCAAAAGUGUCAGCAAAUCUGCCCGCCUAGCAUGCAAUCGCAAUCAUUAUUUUCCAUCGCACAGCAACAGCAACAAUGUAUGCCUCAUUGUCAACAAAAUUGCCAACAAUUUUGCAAUCAGCAAAUAAGUCAUAGCAUUCAACAAUGUCAAUCACAAUGCAAGCAGCAAUGUUCCGAUAUUUGCAUUAUUUCGUCGGAAUCACAACUUAUUUCAUCGAUAAAUCCACAACUCAACCAGUUCAUUUAUCCAAAUUCAUAUUCAUAUCCAUCUUCUCUUCCAUACUCUAUCCAAGCGCAAUAUUGUUUUGCAAAUUGUUUUGAUAGUUGUAAGCAAUCUUGUGAACAGCAAACUAGGCAUUGCUCAAAUCCAUGUACUCAAAAUUGUCAACAGCUUUGUCAUCAUUAUCACAACCACCACCACCACCAACAACAACAACAGCCGAUACCCGUUGUUCAACAACCCAAGCAAACAUAUAAACCGCAGGUAAUUCGAGUAAAUCUUCAUUCAUCGAUACUGGAAUCCACUCAAUGUAUUCCACAAUGUCAGCAAACUUGUUUACAACAAUGUAACAUGAAUCUUAUCAUGAAUCCACAAUGUCAAUCAGCUUGUCAAACAAUUUGCCAACAAAAUUGUGGUCAUCGUCAACAUCAUCCUUAUCAACCAUUACUGCCGCCACUAUCACCACAACAACAGCAACAACAACAGCAACCACAACAACAACAACAACUACAGCAACAGCAAAUGUUGAAACAAUGCCAGCAAACAUCGAUGAUUCAGUGUUAUUGUGCAGAUGGCAGCAUUCCAUGUCAUAACGGAUCGCAUUGUUGCAAGGAAAGCUAA